CCUUCACCCUCCCGCUCCAUUCUCUCCGCCCACGUGCCAUAGAAGGCCAUUCCCAACCUCCCAACCUCUGCCGCAGCCUUUAGAAGUCGCUUCCGCUUCCGGGUCUCCUGCGGACUGUUGUUUGUGUGGGCAAGGGAGAAGGGGGCUGCUGCUGGUGGUUCAUUUAUCUCCUCGUCCGUUUGGGCGUCGUGGGCGACGGAGCUCCUUACGCGGAGCUCGCCUGGAUCCCUUCCGUCCCGAGGGCAAAAACCGAGAGGAAGAGGGCCUUUUCAAUGGUUUUUCCAUCCCAGCAGAAAACAUGACAGACGGGUGGGUGGAUUGUCCCUCCUUGGGCCCUGGCUGGAAGCGUCGUGAAGUCUUGCGCAAAAGUGGAACAAGGAGCGGCCAUUCAGACACUUAUUAUAUAAGCCCGAGAGGAGAGAAGAUCCGCAGCAGAGUAGAGCUGUUGAGAUUGCUGGGAUGCUCACGGGAUCUGACUGAUUUUGAUUACAGGAGAGGAAUUUUUGUUGAACCAAACACAGAGGCCCUGCCCUCAGCACCCUUCUCACCUACUGAAGAAAGUCCUCAGAGGAUCAAAAAGAGCAGCAAAAAGCACCUACUGCAUCUGGGAGCAACCACCUUACCAUGCAAGAAACCACCUUAUUUGCAGGUGUUUCUAGAGCCUCAGCCUUCUCCAGGACACAGGCUUCUGGACCAGAAACCUUCAGAGCUGGAAUUAGAGUUUCUGGGAGAGAACCAAGCCAAUAUGCAGAGUCAACAAUCAGAGCUUCCUGUUACUCUGGAUCAACUGGCACCAAAGCUGCCCAAACAACGUUGUCGGCAGCAUCUUCCACCCAUUCCUUCUCCAGAUAAAAUAGAAGAUGUGACAUUGCAGGAGAGCAAUCCAAAGGAAGCUAUGGCGUGCUGUGCCAGCUGUCAGGGACAGUUCCCAGAAAUAAUGCUACCAUCUCAGAGACGUUGUCGGUGGCUCUGCCCAGACUGCAGAGCUCAGAGAAGAGCUUUUAACAGGGAGCAAAGAUAUUACAAGGGCCUUGAUUGUGGCAUGUGUCAGGCCUGCAAGAUAACUGAGGACUGUGGGACCUGUGCAAUCUGUUUGCGGAGGCAAAGACCUGGCAUGAAACGUCAGUGGAAAUGUCUCAAGCGCCGUUGUCUCAAACGCAAGAAAAAAGUCUCACCCAAGAAGGACAGCUGCAGCUCGAAGAAAGUUUCAGCAGAAUCUUCAGCAAAGAAUGUCUUCACCCCAAAACAAUGUGGGCAGAAAAAGCCAUCUUUAACCACAAAAUUGAAACCUACCAUUCAAAGGGAUCCUGGAGGCAAUCCUCUUGUAAGGCAUCGGAAGAAGCAAUUGGGAGUGGCGAAAGAGAGGAAGAAAGUGGGCCAUCCUCCCAAGCAUCCUGUGGCUAAACUCAAGGACAGUGUGCAUUCCUCUAAAAAUCAGCAAAACCGGAAGUGUGGUCAAUGUGAAGCCUGUCUGCUGAAAACAGACUGUGGCCAUUGUGAUUUCUGUUGUGACAAGCCCAAAUUUGGAGGGCAGAACCUGAAGCACCAGAAUUGCCGGUGGAGACAGUGUCUGCAGUUUGCAAUGGAAUCUUCUUUGACCAGUGAGUGGACUGAAGUGCCCAAAUCCCUGGGCUUAGAGAUGCCUAAGCAGGAGAAGCUGCAGCUGCAGCCACCACCAGUGAAGCUGAAGAAGAAAACCAUAUCCUCUGCUUCCCACCAAACUAUAAAGGAGUGUUCCAAUGUGCCACCAUAUAUCCAGCAAGAGCAAGAUAUACCUCCCCACCCCAUCGUUCCCAUCUCAGUCAUAAGAAAGGAUCCAGAUACCAAACUGCCUGUAGUCAAUCUCCUUAUUGCCACCUCUCCCCAAAACAAGCAAGAAUAUGCAGAACCAGGUGGGAAUUGUCAGGCAUCCAGUGACUCUCUGGUAUCAGCAGGAUUCCCUCAAUUUAAGAAACUAUCAGGAACACAAAGCACAGAAGUGGUAGUUCUUGAUGAUCCAGAAGACAAUGAAAUAGGACUAUUGCAGCAAAUUCAGCCUCCAGUGAUUAUGGAGGUCUACAGCCUGGGUGGUGUGCAGCCCCUCUCUCAGUUGGACAGCGUCUUGCGAGAAUUCUUGGCUGAGCUGAAUGAGAUCCCUCUCCCUGCUCAUUGGGAGGUGCUGCCUCCAUUUGGCAGCCCAGACCUGCGUCUCGUCCAGCGCUCGAAACAUUCCACCAUGUCUGCCGCAGUCAUUCACAUCCGCCCAGGCCUUUUUUUCCACGUGGUGGUGCAAGAUCUGCUGGUGCCUCAGGAACAUGAACUUUAUGCCAGUCACCCUGCCCGCCUGACCACGGUGGAUGAGGUGGUGGAACUGAUCUGCGAUCUGGAGGCCUACCGACUUUGUUCGGGUUGGCCUGCAGGGUGGCAUGCUAGAGAACGGUCUGAGACCUGUGAGGUUCUUGUUCAUUCAGGCUGCUGCCCACAGUGCCGGCUCAACCCCUGGCCAUCAGGAAGCGGCACUCAGGUCUGAGAAUGGGCAGUUAAUUGGAGCUGAAUUUUGACACUGGACAUGGCUUGGAUUUCUGAAAGGAUAAUUCCUUGCCAUAAAUAGCUUUAUUUUUCCCCCCUCAUGUUGAAUAGCUUGGCACGAAGUGAUUUAUUCCUCCUUCUUGUCUUUUUUCUGAUUUCUUCCCCCCCCCCCCCCCACAGCCCCCCCCCCCCCUUCCCCCCAGUAACUUCUGGUGUUCAGAGAGGUUUCUUUUGGCAACUAAACUCCAGUCUUGCUUUUAGUCAUUUACUCAUUUCCUGCUAGAGAAGUACCAGGUGGACACCGUGUAUGACGGCAACUUGGGCUGACCACCAGUUUUGUGCACUUUUAAAACUUUUUUAUGUGUUUGGCAACGUAGUAUUAUAGGUUGAUAGGAUGGGCAUGUGGAGGUGGGCAAUGCAUCCAUUUGGGAUCCUGUUUCCAUUGUUUUUGCUUGCCUAGUCCCAUUCUGUCAUAUCUAACACACUCCUGGAGAAUUUUAGAUCUACAGUACGAUCUUCACCAGACCCAGGAAGAAUGGGAUUUUACAAUAGAAUCUCCUUCUUCAAACAAAUCCCGAUAGUCCAGACAUUUUCCCCGAUUUGUUUAGAACUUGAAUUGUUGCCUCAGACAUGUUUUCUUUUGCUUUGUGCUGUGCGGUUUGGAUGGGGGAAUUCUGCUUGAGGAUCUGGAAGACUUAUGCUCUGGGGAGCAGGAAUGGUCCCGUAAAUGGUGCCUGGGAAGAAGUUGGUGAGCUGCCAUUCUAUAUGCUGAGAGAUUCCGGCAUGUUCUGUUCAGGGAAGUUCUACAGAAGCCAUAGCUGUAUGUCACUUGCUAACUUGUUGUUUUGUUUCAUGUCUUCCUUCAGUGUAGUUGGCAGCAGCGGUAGUAGCACCCUCUAUCUGCUCCUCCCCUACGCCUUUUGCAGUCUGUCUGACUUCCAUGAUGUGUGAUAUUUUUCUUUCAGAAGAAUAAGAAUGAAACUAUCCUCAAAGAAAUAACAAAUCAGAACUGGCUUCUAUUUUUUUUAACAUAUUAAAAAUUUGAAAGA